AUGGAGCUCCACGCUCUCGCCUUCUCCUUCAUCUUUGCACUGAAGCUACCAUUGGCUGCCUGUGGGAACAAGCUGCUGCCACACAUGCCAAAUGUCUGUGCCGAGCAAGAGCUUGCCAUGGUGGGCCGGUGGCAGCCACGUGUCCAAGCCUUUUCCCGAUUGGUCAAAGUGUGGAAGCCGGGCUGCGGAGGGCAGCCGUGGUGCAUGGGCUACGAGCGGAGGACGGUGUAUUAUGUGGAAAAUAAGCAAGUAUACAGUAUGCAGUACCAGACGGUGUACAAAUGUUGUUCGGGAUGGUCUCAACUUGGAGGAGAUUCAGGCUGCCUCUCAGAUGAGAAUGAGUGCGAAGCCAGUAAUGGAGGCUGCGAAUCCCAGUGCUGCAACACCAUUGGUAGCUUCUACUGCAAGUGCCCUGCAGGGUCAAGACUGAAAGAUGAUGGGAAAACAUGCGAAGAUGUUGACGAGUGCCAAGUUCACAAUGGGGGCUGCCAGCACAGAUGUGUGAACACUCUGGGGUCCUAUUAUUGUGAAUGCAAGCCAGGAUCGCGCCUUCACACAGAUGGCAGGACCUGUCUUGUCAUCAACACCUGCUCCAUCAACAACGGCGGAUGUGAACACGAUUGCCUGCAGCUCACCGUCUCGCAGCAUCAGUGCCAGUGCCGACCUGGCUACCAGCUCAAGGAGGAUGGGAAACAUUGCGUCGUAAGAAACCCGUGUGCCGAUCGGAAUGGAGGCUGUAUGCACAAAUGCCAAAAUCGCCGUGGGGUGGCACAGUGCGAAUGCCAUCCUGGAUACAGGCUGGGGCAUGACCACAAAGCGUGUGAAGAUAUAAAUGAAUGUGUGGCUGGGCUGGCCACGUGCGCACACGGUUGCCUGAACACCCGCGGCUCCUUUAAAUGCACUUGCAAUCCAGGCUACGAACUAGGGGCAGAUGGCAAGCAAUGUUAUCGGAUAGAAAUGGAAAUUGUGAACAGUUGCGAGAGCAACAAUGGCGGUUGUUCCCACCUUUGCCGUCAUACAAGUUCUGGACCUGUCUGCGCCUGUAAUCUGGGGUACCAACUGGAUGAAGACCAGAAAACUUGCAUUGAUUACCCUGGAGGGUACGAGUGCAUUUGCUACGCCGGCUACCGCCUGAACACAGAUGGCUGCAGCUGUGACGAUGUGGAUGAAUGCUCUUCAAAUAAUGCCGGCUGUGAACACUCAUGCCAGAACCUGGUGGGUUCCUAUCAGUGCAGCUGUCAGACUGGAUACAAACUGGAAGACGACCGAAGGAGCUGUAGUUUGCUCGGAGAAUCAAUCGAAGCCCUGAAUGGUCGCCGUCCCAUCAUUCGCCCCCUCCCCCACGUGGCGAUCCUGCGGGACGAACUCACCCAACUCUUUGACGAUGAGUACGAUGAGGAAGAGGAGGAGGCAGAAGCCAGAGGGGAGCACACCCUGUCUGAGAAAUUCAUCUGCUUGGAUGACACUUUUGGCCACGACUGUAGCCUAACCUGCGACGACUGUCAGAAUGGAGGGGUAUGCAUCGAGGACCGGACAGGCUGUGACUGUGCAGAUGGUUGGAGUGGAAUCCUCUGCAACCAGACCUGUCCAGAGGGCACGUUUGGCAAGAACUGCAACUUCACCUGCCUCUGCCAAAAUGGAGGCACGUGCGAUCCGGUAACAGGGGCCUGCCGCUGCCCACCCGGAGUCACUGGAGAGCUGUGCGAGGAUGGAUGCCCGAAAGGAUUUUUUGGGAAGCACUGCAGGAAGAGAUGCAACUGUGCCAACAGGGGCCGCUGCCACCGGAUUUAUGGGGCCUGCCUCUGUGACCUUGGCCUGUACGGGCGAUACUGUCAUCUAGCCUGUCCAAAGUGGGCCUACGGUGCUGGCUGCUCCGAGGAAUGCCAGUGCCUGCAGCAGAACACCCGGGAGUGUGACAAGAAAGAUGGCACCUGCUUGUGCAAACCUGGCUACCAUGGUGGAAAGUGCCAGACAAAGUGCGAUCCAGGCCGUUAUGGUGCCGGGUGCAGGAGCAAAUGCGAUUGUCCUUCUGGGGCUCCUUGUGACCACGUGAGCGGAGAGUGUCGGACAGAAUGUGCGGCGGGCUACCACGGGGAGAACUGCACGCAGGAAUGUACGAAAGGGAAAUACGGGGUGAACUGUCUGAAGGCCUGUUCCUGUAAUGGCUCACCGUGUGACCGGGUCACAGGGAAGUGCCAGUGUGCGGCUGGGAAGACUGGAGUGGAUUGUGGCCAGGAUUGCCCUGAAGGCCGCUGGGGACAGGGAUGCCAGGAAAUCUGCCCAGAGUGUGCAAAUAAAGGUCUCUGUGACCCUGCCACAGGUGUUUGCAAGUGCCGUCCCGGAUACACAGGCAGCCACUGCCAAGACGUGUGUCCCCCUGGCUGGUUUGGGCAGGACUGCCAAAUGCGCUGCAACUGUGGGAACGAAGGCCACUGUCACCCAGAGUCGGGGAGAUGCAGCUGUGCCCCGGGCUGGACUGGCUACAGCUGCCAAAGAGCCUGCGACGUUGGCCACUGGGGUCCCGAUUGCGCUAACCCUUGCGACUGCAGCAACAGCGAUGGGAAUUGCAAUGCCGUGACGGGACAGUGUGUCUGUGAAGCCGGCUACACAGGAGCUCGUUGCGAUCAGAAGUGCCCGGAAGGAAGCUUUGGCCCAAACUGCCGGCACCGGUGCCAGUGUGAUAAUGGAGCCGCCUGCGACCACGUGAGCGGGGCCUGUACUUGUGCUUCUGGCUGGAGGGGUACCUUUUGCGAGCGCCCCUGUCCAGACGGGUUUUACGGGGUGGAAUGCCGGGAGACCUGCCAGUGCCUGAAUGGAGCCCGCUGUGAUCCCGUGACGGGGCGCUGCAUCUGUCCUGCUGGCUGGAUUGGCCCAAACUGCGACCAGACUUGCCAGCCUCACUGGUACGGGGAGAACUGCAGCCGCGAAUGCAGCUGCUUCAACGGCGCCACCUGUGACCACGUCAGCGGGCAGUGCCUCUGUGCGCCUGGAUGGACGGGAGCGGCCUGCAAGCAAGUGUGUCCAGAUGGCUUCUAUGGAACAAGCUGCCAGCAGCAGUGUCUGUGUCAAAAUGGUGGAACCUGUGAUCCUGUAACUGGGCGUUGCAAAUGCCCUGAAGGAUGGAUUGGAUUGGCCUGUGAGCUGGAGUGUGCCCAAGGAAAAUACGGGAUGGACUGCAAGCAAAGCUGCGACUGCCUAAAUGGAGGGUUGUGCAAGCGGCAGACAGGGCAUUGCCUUUGCCGCACUGGCUGGACAGGAGAGAAGUGCCAAAGCACUUGCCCAGAGGGGACGUACGGGGACCAGUGUGAGAAGCGGUGCGACUGCGAGAACGGCAUCUCGUGCCAUCACAUCACAGGUGCUUGUGACUGCCCGCCAGGAUGGAGAGGACGUCAUUGUGAAAAAGCCUGCCUGCCCGGUUCAUUCGGGAAGGACUGUGCCUCCAGCUGUGACUGCGCUCCGGGACUGCCCUGCAACCACAUCACGGGCCAGUGCGGCUGCCCACCGGGAUUCACGGGCCACGGGUGCGAGCAAACCUGUCUGCCAGGGACCUUUGGGCUGAACUGUGGCAGGAUUUGCCGUUGUGCGGGAGUGAACCAUGACUGCCACCCAGUGACCGGGGAGUGUAUCUGUGCAUCAGGAUUCUAUGGCAGCAGUUGCCGGCAGCCUUGCCCGGCUGGUCGCUUCGGCACUGACUGCGCACUCGUGUGUUCCUGCGGUUGUCAGAAGAAUCAGUACGGGGCAGGCUGUCGGCAGACGUGCGGCUGCCGAUGCCCGCCAGGGAAGUACGGGGCCGACUGCCAGCUGAACUGCCCCUGCCAAAACAACAUGACCUGUGAUCCGGCGACAGGCGCGUGCCACUGUGACAAAGGCCACUACGGGACCUUGUGUGAACACGUUGCUCAGGUCGAUGUAGCUCGGCUGGACAAAUGGCCAAAGAAGAAUGGACGAUUUCAUGUCGGAGUGCCUCAUUUCUUAGGCUUCGUUUCAUAA